AGGUGUGUCCAUGGAGAGGAGAGCGGUGCUUUCUCAUCCACUACUUGUUCGCAACAAGCUGAAUCGUGACGAUUAGGGAUUUUCUUCGUUAAAGAUGCAAACAGUGCUUUAUUUCCGCGCAGGUGAAACGAUGCGAGGAAACUGAGCUGAGCAGAAACCCUGAAAACGGAGGACAGCUUCUUGGGGUCUCCCCCCCCCUCCCCCCGUCACAUUGGUAUAAUACUUCUGAACAUCAUUAACGACAUAUAAAGGUGGACAACAUGUGCAACUUUACCAUGGUGUCUAAAUUGCUUACUGAAGAGAAAAAGAAUUAUUAUCACACACUGUACGUUAAUUGAAGUAAUUGGCCAUGUGAUUAUGCAGACAUCCCAGCAUGAAGCUGAUGGACCUAUUCCUAGCUCGCCCCCUCUCUAUGUAUUUUCUGCUGCAGAGUUUUGUGCUCCUGAUACUGUGCUUUCACUCAGCCAGCAUGUGUCCAAAAGGCUGUUUGUGUUCUCAUGUCAGUAGCUUAAAUGUAAGCUGCAGCAAUGCGAAUCUUAAAGAGAUUCCUAAAGACCUUCCUCCUGAAACUGCUUUACUUUACUUAGAUUCAAAUCAAAUAAGGUCUGUUCCCAAUGAGAUUUUUAAGGACCUGCACCAGCUCAAAGUGCUUAAUUUGUCCAAAAACGUUAUCGAGUCCAUAGAAGAACAGGCAUUCAAAGGGGUGGCUGACACCUUGCAGACUCUUGAUCUUUCGAACAACAAGAUUAAAAGCGUACAUAAAGACACAUUCAGCAAACUCAAAGGCCGGGCGCAGUUUUCUGACAACCCAUGGCACUGUGACUGCACCCUCCAGCAGGUGCUACAUGGCAUGCCCUCUAACCAUGAAAUGGCCAGCAACAUUAUCUGCGAGACAGCAGCUUUGAAGGAACAUACUGGGAAAUCCUUUAUCAGCGCUGCAAAUGAGGCUGACCUCUGUAAUCUGUCUAAAAAAACAACCGAUGUGGCCAUGCUGGUCACUAUGUUUGGCUGGUUUACCAUGGUGAUCUCCUACGUGGUAUAUUAUGUACGUCAGAACCAAGAAGAUGCAAGAAGGCAUCUUGAGUAUUUAAAAUCGCUUCCAAGCAAGCAAAAGAAGCCAGAAGAAUCAGAUGAUAUUAGUACUGUACUGUAAUUUGUUCAAUUAAAGAAAAAGUUUUGAAACGGAGUUUCUUAAGUGUAUAUUUAA